UGGUUCAAGGAGUUUAAUUGUUGUAGUUUGAGCUGAAAAUAUUUUCCUAUCUUAUACUAUGAGUAUAAUUUAAUUUUCUCCAAUGAAUAUUUUAAAAAGAAAGCUAAGCCAAGGUUCAUUUCUUCUUUAUAUCUCUUUCAUUUGAAUCUCUCCCCUUCCCUUUGCAUAUUUCCAAAACCCUUCGAUUGAAUUGAAUUCCCAAAGCUGCUAUUCACACAAUUAACAGCAUAAACAGUUUAAAUUCAAAUUAUAUAUAAAAAAAAAAUUAUUAUUAUUUUUAAAAUACAGAGAAAAAAUGUCUUGGCUCUUCAAGUCCAACAACCCUGACACAGAAUCUUCCAAUCUUCACCGCACCGCCACCCACUCCUCUCCACCACCGCCGUCCACCGCCGUCGAUCAUGGCGUCAAGGAAGACCUCUCCCUUAUUUUCCGCGGUGUCGCCAACUUCCUCGCUCCACCUCCUUCAUCAUCUUCUUCUUCCGCUUCCUCUGGUGAGUCAACCUCACCUUCAAAAACUCUCACCGGAAUCCGCAACGAUCUCGUCGAAAUCGGUGGAAGCUUCAAGAGCUCACUCUCUCUUCUCUCCCCAAGAAAAGCCGUCACCGGAAUUUCAAAGCUUGCUUCUCAAUUGUUGCAGUCAGAGCGUGAUCAUGAAGAAGAUGAUGACGGUGCGGUGCCUGGAACAACUGAUGAUGUUGUUCGUUUCGUCAAGGAGAUUUCUUCAAGGCCCGAGUGUUGGACCGAAUUUCCCUUCCCACUCCAUAAUGCAGAUUGCAGCCUGUCCAAUUCUCAAAGAGAACAUGCACUGGCUAUAGAGCAACUGGUGCCUGAAUUUGUUACACUUAGAAUGAACCUUUGCAGUUACAUGAACGUGGAAAAGUUUUGGAUGAUCUAUUUUUUGUUAAUACUUCCAAGACUUAAUCAGCAUGACUUUGAGUGCCUAUCGACUCCAAAGAUUGUUGAAGCAAGAGAGGUUCUUCUACGGAAACUUGAAGAGAGGAAAGAUAUGCAGGCUGGAGAAUGCGAUAAAUCAGAUGUUGUGGGUACACAUCAAGAGGGUAAGGAGGACAGUGGAACAGAAAGUAUCACAGUUGAUCAAAAUAAGAUAUUGACCGAGGUUACAAAUGCAGCAAAGGGUUUGGAAAUCGAUGAUGCGGUCAAUAGUGAAAAAUGGUUGACAGAUACUGAUAUUGAUGUUACUUCAUUGACUUCCUGUACAAAACAUCAACAGGAAGACAUCUCAUUCAGCGACUUAGAGGAGGAUGGAAGUUAUAGCUCUGAUAAUAAAUUAUCAAGUCAUGGGGAGGUCAUCAGGGGUUCAUCACCUGAUGGUUCAAGUGAUUGGGUUCAGCUAAGUGAACGCCAGAGAGGUGGCCGGCAGAAGGCAAUCCGUUUGAAAGGUAAGGAUUCUGAAGAUGAGUCAAACGACUGGCUCGCUGUUUAAUUAAAUAAAAGGCUUUGUCUUUACUUGUAAAGGUACAACAUUUUUUUUCCUUUUGAACUGCUCUGUAUUUAUUUAGGGAUUGCAACUUCCUAUAAAUUAAAGUGUUUCUUAUGUUUUAAUUGUAAUUAGAAAGUUUCAUUAGCUGGUCA